AUGGAGUGUGACUCUCGCCUGUCGAUGGCCAGCAUCGACGCGGAUGCACGAGCGAGUGCGGAGGCAGCAGAGAAGCAAUGGGAUGAUACAGAGGCCCCUCGUGUGGAAAUGAGCGAGCUGGGCGGACCGUUUGAGGGCCCAGAAAAGCUGCUGGAGCUGUGGUUUGCGCCGAAUGUCGAGUCACUGCCUGAGUGCCAGCGCGCGAUGGUGGAGCGUGGUACGCGGCUGGGCGGUCGUGUAGGGCUUCGACGCGUCCCGAAGAGUACAUGGGAGAGUAUGUUGGACUUGGUCAAAUGCAAGGUGCUCAGUGUGGAAACGAGUCCUGAUGUAGAUGCGUACCUGCUCAGUGAGUCGUCCAUGUUUGUAUACCCCCAUAAGCUGAUCCUCAAGACAUGUGGUACUACGACGCUUCUUUUCGGCCUAGACCGUCUGCUUCGGAUUGCUAAAGCGACUCUCUUUGAUGAAGAGGCACUCUCGCUGCAGGCGUCGAGUGUCUCCAGCACCAUGCUUGCUGCCGCCGUCGCGGGCGACACGGAUGGCAAGAUCCUCGGUAGCUAUGUGCGCCACUGUUUCUACAGUCGCAAGAGCUUCAUGUUCCCGGAAAAGCAGCAGGGACCUCACCGGGACUGGAUGCUCGAGACGCAGUUCCUGGACCAGUACUUUGAUCACGGCGCGGCGUACACGGUGGGCAAGAUGAACGGGGAUCACUGGCUGCUGUACAUGGCUCAGAGCAUCGACGCAGAGGCAGAAGCUGUGAUUCACAGCGAAGAACAGGUGGGUAUGGACAUGGAUACGCUACCUACGCGUCGUGCCGUCGACACGGACUCGACCCUCGAAAUCCUGAUGACGGAGCUUGCCCCUGAGGCAUGCGCCCAGUUCCACUUUGAUGCGAAGGAAGACACAGAUGUGGAUGCGGCACACAGGCUCGGUCGCCAAGUGUCCCAGGCGCUGGGUCUGUCCGACCUGUUUGCCCAGACCCAACUCGAUGCCUUUGCGUUUGAGCCGUGCGGCUACUCGGCCAAUGCUCUCGUGCCGGCCAAUGCGCACCAUUCGGCCGGCUACUGGACGAUUCACGUGACGCCGGAGCAGGGCUCGAGCUACGCCUCGUUCGAGACGAACGUGACGCUCGACUGUGAGGGCCCGAUUCAGGCUGCGCGGACGCAUGUGACCAACGUGCCAGAGCUCGCGCACCGUGUGGUGAACACGUUUCGUCCUGGCAGCUUUACACUCACGCUCUUUGUAUCUAUCGACCAUGCGGGCAGUGCAGCGGCUCUUCGUGCCCUCGAGCUGCACGGCUACACCAAGAGUGACCGCAUUCUGUACGAGUUUGAAGGGUACGAAUUGCUGUUCCUCUCGUUUCACAGGCGGCGCUAA